AUGCGUCUCAAAGAAUUGGAAAGUUCUCUUCAAAAUGUUGCAGUGUUUGAUAAGCCAAAAAUUGAAUUGGAACAAUAUUGUACAACACCACACCUUGCGGCACGCAUGCUUUUCACUGCACAUUUCAAUUAUGACGACAUUGAAAGCAAGACUAUUGCAGAUUUUGGCUGUGG